GUUGCCGGUUGAUAUUAAAACACAAGAAGAAGAAAAACGCCCAUUUUGCUCUCACAGUCUUCGAAUUGUGCUGAAACGUUAUCAGACAGAAGAGGACAAAGAGUUACAAUGGACAGUGAUGUUGCAGUUGGUGUAAAGAGAGGCUCAGAUGAGCUCAACAUGUACAGUAGCAGCCCGACCGCUUUGACCGCGAACGGCAGCGACAGUAAGAAGCAGCGCCUGGAAGAGUCCCCUCCUUCCAGAGUUCUCCACAUCAGGAAACUUCCCAAUGAAGUGUCUGAGACGGAAGUCAUUGCCUUGGGGCUGCCUUUUGGAAAGGUCACCAAUAUACUGAUGCUCAAGGGGAAAAACCAGGCGUUCCUGGAGUUGGGCACAGAGGAAGCAGCCAUUACUAUGGUGAACUACUACACCGCUGUCACGCCCCAGGUCAGAAACACUCCCGUCUUCAUCCAGUACUCCAACCACAAGGAGCUGAAAACCGACUCUGCUCUGAACCAGAGGGCUCAGGCGGUGUUGCAGGCGGUGUCAGCCGUCCAGGAUGGAAGCUCUCCGUCCUCUGACCCCGGAGUGUUGGACCUAGCUCCACCCCCGAGCCCUGUCUUGCGGAUUAUCAUCGACAACAUGUUUUAUCCUGUGACACUAGACGUUCUACAACAGAUAUUCAGUAAGUUCGGCACUGUAAUGAAGAUCAUAACUUUCACCAAGAACAACCAGUUUCAGGCUCUUCUGCAGUUCAGCGACCCCGUCAACGCACAGCAAGCUAAACUGUCUUUGGAUGGACAGAAUAUCUAUAAUUCAUGCUGUACUCUGCGGAUAGACUUCAGCAAACUGGUCAACCUCAACGUGAAAUACAACAAUGACAAAAGUCGAGAUUACACCAGACCAGACCUCCCUACUGGAGAUGGAGAGUCGGCCAACAAGGAUCAUUCUCUUUUGGGUACCCCGUCCGGAGCGCUAGCGUCCUACUCUGGUGGAGGAGGGUACUCCUCCUCUCUCUCUCUCUCGCAGGGUGGAGGAGCCAUCAGUCCUCUGAGCGCCGCGGCAGCAGCGGCAGCCGCCGCCGGCCGCGUUGCUCUGUCUGGGUCCGGAGUGUCAGGAGUCCUGUUGGCAUCCAACCUGAAUGAAGAGAUGGUCACGCCUCAAAGUCUCUUUACCCUCUUCGGAGUCUAUGGGGAUGUCCAGAGGGUGAAGAUCCUCUACAACAAGAAGGACAGUGCUCUGAUACAGUUGUCUGAUGGCAACCAGGCUCAGCUGGCAAUGAGCCACCUGAACGGUCAGAAGGUGUUUGGUAAAGUGAUGAGAGUGACUCUGUCUAAGCAUCAAACUGUGGCUUUGCCCAGAGAAGGACUGGAUGACCAGCUGCUCACUAAAGAUUUUUCUGGCUCGCCACUCCAUCGCUUUAAGAAGCCGGGAUCCAAAAACUUCCAGAACAUCUUUCCUCCUUCUGCAACUCUUCACCUCUCCAACGUCCGGGACGCCGUUGGAGAAGAGGAUCUCCGUCUUCUGUUCUCCAACAGUGGGGGAACCGUCAAGGCCUUCAAGUUCUUCCAGGACCGUAAGAUGGCCCUGAUCCAGAUGACGUCGGUGGAGGAGGCCAUCCAGACUCUGAUGGAGCUGCACAACUACGACAUGGGAGGGAAUCACCACCUGAAAGUUUCCUUUUCAAAGUCGACCAUCUGACCUGUAAACCUUAAGAUCUUUGACGAGGGAGGAAGUCACUGCCAUUAUCCGUCCCUUUGAUUCAGCAGUACGAUACUUUCAUCAGUGAAAUGUGCUUCAAUGUCCAACGCUUCAAACGCAACACACUAGAAAUGUUAAAGUAUUUCAGUUCAAAUAUUGAGAGAAAAUCCCAACUCCCACAGAGCAAAUCUUGUUGAUUAGUAGAAGCGGGCUUCAUCAGACUUUGACCAUCUCAAAGAGCAACUCAACACCCACUUCUGCCCUGGCUGUGAUGUAGCGGUGCACAUGACAUCACUGUUUGGUGGGCGUGGCUAAAGGUGUAACCUGUUGACCAAAGCCUGCUGUCACUUUUUUUAAAGCGGCAGAGAGUUUUUAAUUGAAUGUUUUAUAAUUUGAAUGAGCUUUUCCUUUUUGCAUUGCCCUCUCCACAUGUCAGUAUGGUAGUGAUCUCCUUUCCUUGAAUUUGCUGUUGAGCUUUGGCUUUCUGUAAUUAGUGAUCUGUCUUUUCUCUACAUUGUGUCACUACUUGAACCACCUGCCAAGUCAAAUGCUGUUUUUAUUCCCCAAACCAACGUUUGGUCUCCGUGGCAGUAAUGGAGGCCUCCGUCACAGCAGGUCGUCUGAUGUGUGCCGACUCUCCUCCAUCAGCUGUGCUCGUCUGGAGCGUGCACGUUCUGCCACAUUGGGCUGGUUCGCUCCUCCAAAGGUUCAUUUUGGGUACGUUGGUGCGUUCUAGUUCAAUCAGCACACAGGAGAAAGUAGAUGGCGUUGUGACUAAAGGUUGGCGUUGAUGUAAUUCUGACCAGUUCUACUACCAGAAUCCACCUUUAUACUUUGGAGGCAUGUUGGGCCCUUCACUAACAGCUGGCAGAAUGAAUCCGUUUUAGAAUGUAGUCGAAAUACCAGAGUGAGCUACAUUUGGAGGACUUUAGUGCCCAGAAAUCCUGAAGGUAAAAUAAAAGGAGGUACUUUUUGUGCAGUGUUGUCUACUUUUCAAUCGCCUGUUUUUUCUGAACUGGCACCCUGGGUUCCUUUUCCAGCUGUUGAUACACGAUGGGAUUAAAAGCUGCAUCGUACCACUUCUGUGAGGAUGUUUAAUACCGCCCACAUUUACCUUUCCACUAGUAUGGCCAAUAACGCAUUACUAAUGAAUUAACAGUGAGGAUUGUGAAGCUUUCAUCAAAUGAUAGAGGUUUAAAUCCCAUCUUUUAUAAACUAUGCUGUUAGUGGGUGCACACACACACACACACAGUGGGUUUGGAUAAGGUUUCAUGUGAUUCUGGUUUUGGGAGGCGGCCUGCUGGGACCAAAGUACAUGUACCUUUAGUAUGCGAUCUUUUACCAAUAGUCUGUUGUAAAGCUGUAAGAACAGAUGUAAUUGUUUUAGAUGGAAGUUCUUGACCUGCACCGUUUCUUCUUGGAUGUUUUCUGCUCAAAUUUGGCCCAAAUUAAACCCGACUUUUCUACGUACGUACGUGUGUGUGUGUGUGUGUGUGUGUGUGUGUGUGUGUGUGUGUGUGUGUGUGUGUGUGUGUGUGUGUGUGUGUGUGUGUGUGUGUGUGUGUGUGUGUGUGUGUGUGUGUGUGUGUGUGUGUGUGUGUGUGUGUGUGUCUUACCUGUCAAUAAAACAUCUCUCACUG